AUGAAAGGAUCCACUCCAGAGCUGACUACAGUUUCGUGGUGGGUGACACGUGACUUUGGGCAGGGCACAGAGUGGCCCCAGCGAGCCGCCGGCUGCCGGCCCCCGCUGCACAUCGCAUCAGAUGCUCCCCAUCGACCGAGCGGCGGCAUCCAGCCGUCACGGACCGCACACAGCUUCCCCUGCGCCCCUCCCCCGCGCAGCAGCCUAAGCCUCCUGCCGGCGGCCGACAGCGCGGGCUAUCGGAAUCUGUGCUCCCGGGCCGGGCCGGGCCGAGCCAAACGUCCUGCCCUGAUCAAUGCCGGCCAAACUUGUGCCGGCCGCACCGCCGCUGCGCGCUGCGCCGAUAGAGAGGCACUUAUCUGUCCCCAGAUCCCACCUGCCACCCCCAUUCAGGGCCGCCGGUUUCCGGUCGCGACCUCCACCUCCCUCCCCCCUCCCCCCACCACCGGCCAGUCCCAGGCGGAGACCCCGACUCUCAUCGUCAGACUCCUGCCUCCCCAACCCCCACCACCCACCGCCGUAGGAUCCCCUACUCACCACUACUCUUAG